AUGACUGAUAUUGCGUCGUUGCAGUCUCAGUGGUUGCAACAGCUGUCACAGAUGAAACAGUCGAUUGCCGACCUAAAACUGGAAGAACGGCGCAAAAGCAUCGAAUCAUCGAUCCAAACUGAUAUCGACCUUGAUUUGGACGAUGACGAAUUUUCGUCUGGCGUAGAUGAUAUCUGGGAUAUUAUCAGUUCCGACGAAGAAAGCGAAGAUCUUGAUGAUGCAAAUGGAGUAUCACAAACUGCGGGGUACGAUCAGUAUGAUUACACCUGGCUGAAAUCCCGAUGUCAGGAACUAGCAGCACAAAAAUCCGGGCUCGACUCUGAGGCGCUUUUGCAGCAGGUUGAGGCUCUUCUAGCUUCGGAUAGUGGUGACGAUGAAUUGCAAAUGUCACUGGCAGAAAUCAUCGGCUUCGAUGAUCUGGACUUGGUGAUUGAUAUCAUUACGCAUCGAAAGGAUAUUCUCUCAUCCAAGGCGCCAAAAACAACUGCACAAACAGAUGGAUUGAUUGCUGGCAGAUUACAGACUCGCGCACAGCGUGAAGCUGCUCUUCGUCAACAGGAUUAUGAGCACAAACAUGCUGCACUUGCACCAGCACAAACUCGGGAAGAACCGAAGUACCCGCACGUAUACAAACUGCAUGAUUCUCGCAACACCCUGUCUUUGGGAGGAAAGAAAUACGGUCUUCCGAUGGGUAGUACGCAAGUUGAAGAGCAAAAAUAUACCGAGAUCACCGUCCCUGCUUCUCGUGGAAAGUCUCCAGUUGGUCCGAAUCAGAAACUGGUGCAGAUCUCAUCUUUAGAUGGAUUAUGCAGAGGCACAUUCAAAGGGUACAAAUCAUUAAAUCGCAUGCAGAGUCUACUGUAUGAUGUGGCAUAUAAGACAAGCGAGAAUAUGCUUAUUUGUGCUCCAACCGGUGCUGGUAAGACCGAUGCAGCUAUGUUGACUAUUCUAAAUGCUAUCGCCAAAAACGUCAUACCGAACCCUCUCGAGGAGCCAGAUGCCACUGAAUUUACAGUACAGGUCGACGAUUUCAAGAUUGUUUAUGUGGCACCAAUGAAGGCUUUGGCUGCUGAGGUUACUGAAAAACUGGGGAAACGUCUAGCAUGGCUUGGAAUUCAAGUUCGCGAAUUGACAGGCGAUAUGCAGUUGACGAAACGAGAGAUUGUGGAAACGCAGAUCAUCGUAACGACCCCAGAGAAAUGGGACGUUGUCACCAGGAAAAGCACAGGAGACACAGAACUUGUACAAAAAGUACGCUUGUUGAUCAUUGAUGAAGUGCAUAUGCUUCACGACGAACGUGGUGCAGUCAUCGAGUCUUUGGUCGCCCGAACGGAACGCCAAGUCGAGAGCACGCAGUCCUUGAUUCGUAUUGUCGGUCUCUCCGCAACUCUACCGAACUAUAUCGACGUGGCGGAUUUCUUGAAAGUGAAUCGAAUGGCUGGUCUCUUCUUCUUUGAUCAAUCUUUCCGUCCGGUACCAUUGGAGCAGCAUUUUAUCGGAGUCAAAGGAAAAUCCAAUACCAAACAGUCUCGUGAGAAUCUCGACGUCACUGCCUUUGAGAAAGUCCGAGAUAUGCUAGAGCAAGGCCACCAAGUCAUGGUCUUCGUUCACUCGCGUAAAGAUACGGUUCUCACAGCACGCACAUUCAAGCAGAUGGCGGCAGAACAACAGUGUGAGGACCUCUUUAUGGUACCACCGGACACGGAGGGGUAUGGCCAAGCCGUCAAGGAUUUGAAAAGUGCUCGCGCACGUGAACUUCGUGAUCUUUUUGCUGCUGGAUUUGGCGCCCACCAUGCCGGAUUGACGAGGUCUGACCGUAAUUUGAUGGAACGCAUGUUUGCCGAGGGAUACAUCAAAGUAUUGUGCUGUACAGCAACUUUGGCUUGGGGUGUCAACCUUCCCGCGGCAGCCGUCGUCAUCAAAGGUACUCAGCUUUAUAGUGCUCAAGAGGGUAAAUUUGUGGAUCUUGGUAUCCUGGAUGUAUUGCAGAUUUUUGGUCGUGCUGGUCGUCCUCAGUUUCAAGAUACUGGUAUCGGUUUCAUUUGCACGACUCACGACAAGCUUCACCACUACUUGUCUGCAGUGACAUCGCAACAGCCUAUUGAAUCACGCUUUUCCGGCAAGCUUGUUGAUAACCUCAACGCCGAGAUUUCUCUCGGCACCGUCACCACUGUAGCUGAAGCCGUACAAUGGCUUGGCUAUUCGUAUCUUUUUGUUCGAAUGAAGCGUGAACCUCGAAAUUACGGUAUCGAAUGGGCGGAAAUCCGUGAUGACCCUAUGCUUGUGCAGAGACGCCGGGAGCUGAUUGUCAAUGCUGCUCGGGUUUUGCAAAAGAGUCAGAUGAUCAUCUUUAACGAGCGAACUGAGGAGCUUCGUGCAAAGGAUGUCGGUCGUAUUGCGAGUCAAUUUUACGUUCUGCAAACCAGUAUCGAGAUUUUCAACGAGAUGAUGCGACCAAGAGCCACUGAAGCAGAUGUUUUGAAGAUGAUCAGUAUGAGUGGGGAGUUUGACAAUAUCCAAGCUCGUGAGAAUGAAUGCAAGGAACUUAAUCGACUACGCGAAGAAGCUUUACAGACAGAGGUCGAAGGAGACAACGACUCUUCUCAUGCAAAAACCAACAUUCUUCUGCAGUCUUACAUUUCUCGUGCCAAGCUAGAAGAUUUUGCAUUAGUUUCGGAUCUGGCAUACGUUGCUCAGCAGUCAGCACGUAUUUGCCGCGCGUUGUUCAUGAUUGCUCUCAACCGCCGAUGGGGGUACCAGUGUCAGGUGUUAUUGUCAAUGUGCAAGUCUAUCGAAAAGCAAAUAUGGCCAUUCCAACACCCGUUCCACCAGUUCGAUCUCCCGAUACCAAUUCUCAAGAAUUUGGACGAAAAACUGCCGACUUCCUCAAUUGAAUCGAUGAGAGAUAUGGAACCAGCUGAAAUUGGCCAGCUUGUUCAUAACCAUCGCAUGGGCAACACCCUUACAAAGUUGCUUGACAACUUCCCUACACUAAGUGUUGAAGCUGAAAUUGCGCCAUUGAAUAGGGAUGUCCUUCGCAUUCGCCUCUCGCUAUAUCCCGAGUUCUCCUGGAAUGACAGACACCACGGAUCAUCUGAGGGAUACUGGAUCUGGGUUGAGAAUUCUGACACUUCAGAAAUCUACCAUCACGAAUACUUUAUUUUGAGUCGGAAGAAGCUCUAUGAUGAUCAUGAGCUCAAUUUCACCAUUCCAUUAUCUGAUCCUCUGCCAGCGCAGAUCUACGUGCGUGCAAUUUCGGAUCGGUGGCUUGGAGCUGAGACUGUCACUCCAGUCUCGUUUCAACACCUUAUUCGACCUGAUACAGAAAGCGUCUAUACAGAUCUUCUCGACCUUCAACCUCUCCCUAUAUCAGCAUUGAAGAACCCUAUUUUGGAAGAAAUAUACGGACAACGGUUCCAAUUCUUCAAUCCUAUGCAAACACAGCUUUUCCAUACCCUCUACCAUACCUCAGCCAAUGUUUUGCUUGGAUCUCCCACUGGUAGUGGAAAGACAGUUGCUUGUGAGUUGGCGAUGUGGUGGGCUUUCCGUGAGAGACCUGGAUCAAAGGUUGUUUAUAUCGCUCCAAUGAAAGCACUGGUUCGUGAACGAGUGCAGGACUGGCGAAAGCGACUUACAGCUGCAAUGGGUCUGAAGCUGGUCGAGUUGACUGGAGAUAAUACUCCUGAUACUCGCACAAUUCGAGACGCAGAUAUCAUCAUUACGACUCCCGAGAAAUGGGACGGUAUAUCUCGUAGCUGGCAGACCAGAGGAUACGUGCGUCAAGUCAGUUUGGUCAUUAUUGACGAAAUCCAUCUACUAGGUGGUGACCGUGGCCCUAUCUUGGAAAUUAUUGUCUCUCGUAUGAACUAUAUUGCAUCUCAAUCUAAAGGUUCCGUCAGAUUGAUGGGCAUGUCCACUGCAUGUGCCAAUGCUACAGACCUAGGCAACUGGCUUGGUGUGAAAGAGGGACUAUAUAAUUUCAGACAUUCAGUCCGUCCUGUGCCGCUGGAAAUCUAUAUCGACGGCUUUCCGGAGCAGCGCGGGUUCUGUCCCCUAAUGCAGUCUAUGAAUCGCCCAACGUUCCUUGCAAUUAAAAAUCACUCACCGGAGAAACCUGUCAUUGUUUUUGUAGCUUCUCGAAGACAGACGCGACUGACAGCUAAGGAUCUUAUCAAUUAUUGCGGUAUGGAAGAUAACCCGAGACGAUUUGUCCGAAUGUCUGAAGAGGACCUUCAGCUCAACCUUGCGCGUGUCAAGGACGAUGCGCUGAGAGAAGCUCUUAGCUUUGGUAUUGGUUUACAUCAUGCAGGUCUUGUUGAGUCCGACAGACAACUCGCUGAAGAGCUGUUUGCCAAUAAUAAAAUUCAAAUUCUUGUGGCUACGAGUACCUUGGCUUGGGGCGUGAACUUGCCUGCACAUCUUGUUGUGGUUAAAGGAACGCAAUAUUUUGAUGCGAAGAUUGAAGGAUACAGAGACAUGGAUUUGACUGAUGUCCUGCAAAUGCUUGGUCGUGCUGGACGACCGCAGUUCGAUAACUCCGGCAUUGCUCGAAUCUUCACGCAAGAUGCGAAGAAAGCUUUCUACAAGCACUUCUUGCAUACAGGAUUCCCGGUAGAAUCGACAUUACACAAGGUUUUGGACAAUCACUUGGGCGCCGAAGUGUCUGCAGGAACCAUUGUAACGAAACAGGACGCACUUGACUAUCUUACCUGGACUUUCUUCUUUCGUCGUCUGCACAAGAAUCCAUCGUAUUAUGGACUGGAGAUUUCUGCUGAGGAACACAACACCAUGGCCGCACAACAAAUCGCUUCUGAGUUCAUGAUUGACCUUGUUGAUAAGUCACUCAAUGAACUUGCAGAAUCUUCCUGUGUAGUCUUGGAUGCAGCAACCGGUGAAAUUGAUUCAACCCCAUUUGGCAAGAUUAUGAGUUACUACUACCUUUCGCAUAAGACAAUUCGCUAUUUGAUGAGCCAUGCAACUCGUCAGCCAUCAUUUGAGCAAGUACUCGCAUGGAUGUGCUCAGCCACUGAAUUUGACGAAUUACCCGUCCGUCAUAACGAAGACCUCAUCAACGCUGAGCUUGCACGCAAUCUUCCGAUAUCCGAUUUGCCAGAAGGCAUGGACGAUUUACCAAUGUGGGAUCCACAUAUCAAAGCAUUCCUGCUCUUGCAGGCAUACAUGUCUCGAAUUGAUUUGCCUAUUUCGGAUUACGUGGGUGACCAAACAUCAGUCCUUGAUCAGGGUAUUCGUAUUAUCCAGGCUAGUAUUGACGUGUUGGCUGAACUGGGCUAUUUGCCAGCAUGCCGUAUGAUGAUGACUCUUUUGCAGUGCAUUAAAUCUGCACGAUGGCCUGAAGAUCAUCCGUUGUCUAUUUUGCCUAGUGUCGAGCCUAAUGCUUUGGCAGAAGCGGUGGCCAAUAUGGAAUCGAAGAAGAAGAAGGACUCUGCUAACUUGCCAGACUCACUUGUUGCACUCUCGGCCAUGCGACCGACCGCUAUAGUUCAGGCAUUGAAUGACACGCUUUCUUCGACGCCAUCUUUUAGACCAUUAGCGGUUCGACAAGUCGAUAAAAUCGUUACCUCGGCUCUACCCCGGCUAUCAAUUUCAGUCUCUGACAUAUCAGCUAAGAGCGUAACAAUCUCGCUCGCUAGACAGAACCCACCUCUCACAUCAGACUUCAAAAUCCAUGCUCCAAAGUUCCCCAAGCCACAGACAGAGGGCUAUUUCUUGAUUGUGACUGCAUCAACUGACAGCACCGACGGAAACGGAGAACUACUCGCCUUGAAACGAGUGACGUGGUUCAAUCCUCAGAGCAGAAACAACACUGAGAAUUCCGUUGGUCCAAGAAGGAACAAUAAUAAUCUCACAGCCAAAGCAACUGUUAAAUUCCCGGAAGAGCUUUUGUCGCCUUCUCAGUCAACAGCGUCAGCGCCGAGGAAGGUCGAUGUGCUUAUCGUGAGCGAUUCAUAUAUUGGCAUGCAGUGGAAAGUGACCGGCGUCGAGGUACCGGUAUCAUCAAACUCGAAUGGUGAGGAACCUUCCUCUGGAUCGUCGAGGACUGUGGAUGUUGAUGCGCAAGUUGAGAAGAGGUGAUCGUUCGAUCUCAGUCCAUUUAUGUAGGAAUGAAUUUACACUCAUAAGGUGA